AUGGAUUUGGAGGCGACGACCAAGCGGUUGCUCGCGACGUUUCAGAUUCAGAACUUGAGCAACUUUGCGUGGUCGUGCGCGGUGCUGAAAUACAAACCGAGAGAUGAUCUCUUGGGUUUAGUGGCGGAUCGCAUGGAGCAGAAGGUGGAUGAAUUUUACCCGCAAGCGCUGACGAAUACGUUGUGGGCGUAUACGGUGCUGAAACAUCCUCGUGCGCAAAGGUUGGCGGAAAUUCUCGCACCAGUGAUAUUGUCAAAGCUCCCCGAACCGGACAAAGAGUUGAUGCAAGCGGAGAGCGCGACGGGAGGAGAGUUCAGCACGCAGACGGUGUCCAACGCGCUUUGGACGCUGUCGUCAUUGGGCGUGCAUCCCGGAUACGAGCUUCUCGAUCGUUUGGCGAUUUUUGUCGUGAAGUCGUCCCAAAACUUCAAAGCACAAGAGCUUUCCAAUUCAGUGUGGGCUUUUGCGCAGUUUGCACACCAUCCGGGGAACGAGGCUCUGCGCACUUUUGAACGCUCGCUCCUGGAACGAAGAGAAGAAUACACCACUCAAGCUUUGGCCAACACAACCAUCGGUCUCUCUGUCUUCGGUGGCUCAGAAGACGAUGGCCUGAACAAGCUCUUCAAUGACGUCACCCCAUCGUGGUUUCGUCUCAGUGAAUGUAACAGCCAAGAUCUUUCCAAUAUCACUUGGGCCAUCGCUUCCGUGGGAGCGUUUCAAUCAGACCUGUACAAAGCUGCCGUGCGCGAGCUUUUCCGCAGGGAUUCUAUGGAUUUCCAGCUGGAGGGAUUGAAGAUGCUCUUUCACGCGAGGCUGAUGCAGCACGAUUUCGAUCCAGAACGUGAAACUGUGGAUGUUGUUUACCCAGACUGGGUGGCUGAGCUCGGCCGCUCGGCGUGGCUUCAACAAACCGAGGACACUCGCGUGAGUACGUUUCAAAAGGAAGUCUUGGAGACGGUCAAAAGCCUAGGUCACGAGCCAUACAUGGAGGAACUCACGGACGAUGGAUUACUUAGCAUGGAUAUAUGCUUAAAGGACAAGCGAGUCGCCAUCGAGUGCGAUGGGCCGUCGCACUUUUACACAAACUUGACGGAAGGAUUGACGCAGAAAACAAAGCUGCGAGACAAGGCGCUCGCGGUGCGCGGUUGGAAAGUGGUCACCGUGCCAUAUUUCGAGUGGCAGGUGGAGUGGGGUGCGGGUGCGGUGAGCGCGAAAUCAUACAUAGAAAAAAAAUUGCAGGCAGUAGGCGCGUAG